AUGCCGGCCUUCGUCGUCGGCAUCGUCCAGGCGGUUUCGCCGGUCGCCGGCAAGGAUAAGCUGCAGGCGCUCGAGGUGGACAUCGGCAGCGGCGGAGACCCGCUGACGAUAGUCACGAAUGCGUCGAACGUGCGCGUCGACAGCCGCGUGGUGGUCGCCACGGUCGGCUGUGAGCUUCGCGACGGGACGACUGUCAGGAAGGCGGCCGUCGGCGGCGUGAGCAGCGAGGGCAUGCUCUGCGACGCGCCGAUGCUCGGCUGGGUGGGCGGCGGCGCGGGUGCUGCUGCGCUCGUGCCGGAGACCUUCUCCGCCGGCGACGCGCCUCCCGCGGAGCGGCCGCGAAUGGGCGGCCCUGCUGCCGCUGCGCCUGCGGCGCCCGCCGUCGAGGUCAAGCCGCUCUUCGAGAAGAAGCUGACCAAGGAGGAGAAGAAGGCGGCCGCCGCGGCCAAAAAGGCGGAGAGGGAGGCCAAGAAGGCGGCGAGAAAGGACGCGGAGGGUGUGGAGGGAGCGAUGGCUGAGCUCGCCGUCUCCGGCGAGGCGGAGGGUGAGAACACCUCAUAG